AUGGUUACCCUCCUGGGAUUUUUCUUUAUCAUAUCAGACGUGAUACUUCUGGUUAUCUUUAUGCCAGAUUUAGUUGGACCGGGCCCAUCUUGGCUUUACUAUAGCUUUGCAUUUGGUUUAUGGAUGUACUCCACUCUAGAUAACGUCGAUGGAAAACAAGCGCGGAGAACAGGAACAUCAAGCGGGCUUGGUGAACUCUUUGAUCACGGCAUUGACUCUUUGAAUUGUUCGUUAGCUUCACUUUGUGAAGUUGCAGCCAUGGGACUCGGAGCAUCUAAACUUGGCGCAUUUACCGCUCUUGUACCAUGCCUCCCGAUGUUUUUUUCAACCUGGGAGACAUAUCAUACGCAUACGCUCUACCUUGGGGUAUUUAAUGGUCCAACCGAAGGAAUAAUCUUGGCAUGUUUUCUUAUGAUACUCGCUGGCUACCAUGGUCCUGGAAUAUGGACCGAACCGAUCGCUGAUCUUAUCGGGCACCAAUAUUUCUUCGGAUUCCAUAAGACUCUCGGGGACUAUACUGUUCUAGAUGCCUGGAUUCCAUUCAUACUACUCUCCCUCUUUGGUGCCCAUCUACCGUUUUGUGUGAUAAAUGUCAUUGAUGCACGGCGAAAGAAACAGUUACCGAUACUUCCAAUAUUCUUCGAGUGGGCACCUAUUCUGGUCUAUACGAUAUCUAUCGGGGCAUGGCUUUACUCUCCAAAUUCUACUAUUAUACCGAAUAACCAUCUCGUUCUUUUCUGCCUUACUAUGUCAUUCGUUUUCGGCCGCAUGACUACAAAAAUAAUUCUCGCUCAUCUAACACGUCAGCCUUUUCCUUACUGGACAGUUAUGCUUGCGCCUCUGAUCGGAGGUGCUAUUCUGGUUAAUUUACCUUUCAUGGGAUUACCGAGCAUUUCCGCAGAUAUCGAGUUAUGGUACUUGCGUGCUUAUCUCAUUUUUGCUAUGGUUGUCUAUUUCCGCUGGGCUUUCCUCGUAAUCGAUAGAAUAUGUGCCUUUCUUGGUAUUAAUUGUCUUACGAUCCCACACAACAAACAUCAUACGCAAAAUGAGGAAGAAACUCGUGCGAAUAAAAAACAGAGCAAUAGGGAUAUUAAGGAGCGAACAGAUUAG